GACGCUUCCUCUUCUUGCGUAGGCCGCGUGGGCAGGCUAGGACAGCGGCGUCGGUCGUAACGACCGCGAUCGGACCACUCGCCUCUUCUGGCGUCAGACACAUAUCACCUCGUGGGCUGCUGUAUGAUGCUACACAUCACCUCGAAUGCUGCCGCAGCCGUGCCAUGGUCCUGCUCGACGGCUCUCGGCAGCGAACUAUGCAUGCGACCAGCUUGGUACGCACGUGGGGUACUGAGCUCGCCUCUUGAUGCGGAGCACCAUGGCUCGAAUGGCCACCGGUGGGCACGCUAGCUGGCGCCGGUCGUGCAUCGCCAACGUUUACAUCGCACCUCGUCGUCGUCGUCAACGCCAACGUGCCGGCCGUGGGUCGCCGCCGUGGACUCUCGUCCAGCCCGCUGCUGCCGGGUGCUGGGAUUCACGCCGGUCCCGAUGCGUGGAUCACGUAGCUUAAUUUGGUGUUUGUAUGCCAAAGUCUAAAUGGACGCCAUUUUUAACUAUGUCCAAAGCAAGUAGAAACGCAAUUUCGAGACGAUGGUCGACGUCCUCUCGUGGGUCUUCCUCCCCGGCAUUGGGCUCUUCCUCGGCCUAAGCAUCUGCACCUUCGUCGCUCUCCGCGGCGAGUCGCGCCAUGCUGCCGGCGCCAUGGAGCUCGAGAUGGGCGAGAUCUCGGCCGGCGCCGAGACGCGGAAGCGCUUCUUCGUGCUGCUCCUCAUCGCAGCCAGCGCCCGCCUCGUGAGCUUGAGCGUCGACCUCGUUGCCCUCUCGCUCUCGCCCGGCGACUCGGACCUCGCCUUUCUUCCGCGCAAGAACACGACCAACGCCAGCAUUGCGUGGGUGUCGUCGAUCUUCUCGCUGCUCCCGUGUCUCUUCUUCGUCUCGACGUACUCGCUACUCAUCUUGUUCUACGCGCAGCUGUGCACGGCCUGCUACGGCCUCAGCUUUCCGCUCCACAAGGCCGCGUACUUUGCCUGCAAUCUCCUCCUCUACGUCGGCUUUGUCGUGCUCAUGUUUGCGACCCACUCGACCGGGAGCUUCUGGAAGUGGACGCAAGGCGGUCUUGGCUGCUUCUACAUUUGCGGCUUCCUCGCGAUCCUCUACUACAGCGGCCGCCUCGUCGUCUUCUUCAGGUCGACGCAUGUCGAGGACGACUUUUUCUUCGAUAUGGACGUCUCGAUGCACGCGUCGUUCCGCGGCCUCACGCCCCGCCAGAUCGUCGUCCGCCGGAUCAUGCUCAUCUGCGCCAUGUGCUGCGCGCUCUUCCUCGGGCUCGGCGUCUACCUCCUCUGCAUGGCGACGGCCGCGAUCCCGUCGUGGCACGACCAGUACCGGACGCCGGCGGGCCUCGACCCGUACAUCUUUGAGCUCGGCGUGUACAUUCUGACCGAGUUCCUUCCGUGCGCCCUCCUCUUGUACUUUACGCAUCGCACGGCGUCGGCGACGUCGACGACCGCGCGUAGCGGGAAGGACGCGAUGCUCGACGAAACGCACACGCUCCUUCGCGCCGACGACGCGCCGUACCAUUACCAGACGACACCGAUGACAGCAACGAACCCCGCCGCCGCCGGAGUCCCGCCGCGCCCGUACCUCCCGCGCAACAACAGCAGCGGCACGUUCGAGCGGUCGCCCAUGGGCAGCAGCUCGUCCUUUGCCUGAUAAUGUCGGACCAAGAGAACUCUGUCAUCCUACCAUUAGCAUGCUUCGGACAUCCUAGCCGGCUUGGAUCAUCUACUGCAUGC